AUGGUUUUGGCUGGAGACGAUUUCGUCUCAUCGAUAGUGGACACUUACGAUCUCUUGUAUAAUAAAGGAGUCGAGGCCUACACACGACAACGCUGGUUCGAAUGUCUUACUCACUUGAAUGGGGCCCUCACUGACUACCGUGUCUACCGAAGUACUUUGGUUACUUGUAAACGAGAGUGUCGGAAGAAAUCCUCUGAUGAUGAUGGUGCAUUGAGUACUAAACCUCGAAUUACAGAAAUGCAAAUCUUCUUCAGGAUUCUCAAGAGAUCAAACUGCAUACGGAAAUGUAAACAAAAUCACUUUGGUAACAGGCCUGAUGUCCUGGCUAGCCGAGGUAUUGAAGAGGAAUUCGAAUUCCGAAAACCUUAUGAUUUUCUACAAUACUGUCAUUAUAAGUUGGAUAAUAUAAAAGAAGCUGUAGCUUCAUCCUAUACAUUCCUCAUGGCAAAUCCCAAACAUAAAGCAACUCUGAAAAAUUUAUUAUAUUAUCAACGUUUACCUGGAAUACUUGACGAUCAUUUUAUUGACAUGGAAAGAAAAAUCUUUCAGUACCCUAUCUAUCUUUGA